ACUAGUUUCGAGUCAAAACUUAAACCUUCUCAAAACCCUACCGCAAUCUCUCCGGCCAAGUUUACGUUUUUGUUUGGCUCCAAAAUCAAACAUCACGACGUCUACAGCACUCGAAAUCCACCUCCAUGGAAUUAGUGAUUGCAUCCUCAUCAGUCGAUGCGGGAAUCGGGUGCUGGGAGCUGCAUACUGGUGCCGAGCGACUCCGUUAUAAGGGUUGCGCCUCCUCGCCCCGCGGCCUCGCUUGUGUCGGCGGCUGCUUCCUUGCGUCGUCUCAGCUUCGGGAACCUUCCGCUUCCUCUGGUUCUAUCCUCUAUUGGUCCUGGUCCAAGCCACAAGUGGAGGUUAAGAGUUUUCCGGAAUGGCCUAUUAAUCCAGUUGCUGCGAAUCAAGAAGGGACGUAUGUAGCCGGUGGAGGUUCGAAGGGGGAUAUAUACUUGUGGGAGGUUGCAACUGGGAGAUUGCUUAAAAAGUGGCGUGCUCAUUACAGGGCUGUUACAUGUUUAGUAUUUUAUGACAAUGCGCUUUUGAUUUCUGGCUCAGAGGACGGAUCAGUUAAAGUUUGGAAUCUAAUCAAGAUAUUUGAUGUGUACCGAGUGGAUCAGGGAAGCCAUCUAUAUGAGCAUAGUUUUUCCGAGCAUACUCUGCGGGUGACUGAUAUUGUGGCUGGUUAUGGAAGUUGCAAUGCGAUUAUAGUCUCUGCUUCUGAGGAUCGAACAUGUAAGGUAUGGAGUUUAUCAAAGGGAGAAUUAUUGAGAAAUAUAGUAUUUCCGUCAAAAAUUGAUGCAAUAGCAUUGGACCCCGGUGAACAUGUCUUCUAUGCUGGCAGCAGAGAUGGCAAGAUAUACAUUGCUGCACUUAGUGCUGAAAGCUCUUCCAGCACGGAACAUGGGAUGCAUAUCGUUGAUUCAAUAUCAAACCACAGCAAGGCUGUUACUUGCCUAGCAUAUGCCAUGGGUCAAAACGUAUUGCUUUCUGGAUCAGAGGAUGGCAUCAUUCGUGUAUGGGAUCCCAAAACCCAUAACAUUAUCCGCGUGUUCAAACAUGCAAAAGGCCCUGUGAACAAUAUUCUUGUGGUCAGACAGCCACUUCACCUAAAUCUUCAGACGAUAUCACAUACGCAAGGUUCUUCCAGAAAGCGUGGAUCAUUGUUACCACCUCCACUGGAGAAAUAUGAAAGUAAAGAUGAAAACACUGACAUCAGGACCAUGGUCUCUCUGCCGGAGACCUGCAAUGAUCCAUUGAAUGCUCCUUCCCUUAGCCUACAAAUGAUUGAUCGCCAAAUCAAAGAAUUUCAGCAACAAGGCUCUGCUACAACUGAGAUGGAGGUAGAAAGACUAAAGCAGGACUGCAAAAGAGCUAUGCAAAUGGUUGAACAAUGGAAGAAAAUGUAUGACAGUUUACAUGGAUUCUGCAUAAAUGAGCUUUUGGAUGAAGACCAAGUAGGAAGCCAUUGAUUACUGGCUCUCUCUACACGGGUAUCUUCUAAAUUUUGUAUGUGUGGUUAAUGAUUAGUCUUAUCAGAGGUUGAGUGUUUAAAUAUGGGGUUCUUCAUAAUUUUCAGUUGUAUUUGUGUCUGAGAAACUGAUUUUUCAUAUAGCAGUCGAGUGAUAAUGGUAUCAUUAUUAUAAUCCUACGGAGAUUGAAUCUUAUAUUAA